AUGCCUCCUAAAAUCACCACAGCACAAAAACGUCUACUUCGGGAACUUCGUGAGCUCAAUGAAAAUCCAACAGAGGGAAUAGUAGCGUGUCCAAUUUCAGAGAAUGACCUCUUUCAUUGGAAGUGUUUAAUAACUGGACCAACCGAUACACCCUACGAAUUUGGAGUUUUCGAAGCAACACUAGACUUCCCCUCCGAUUAUCCAUUGUCGCCACCAAAGAUGAAAUUUGUCACUCCUAUACUACAUCCAAACGUCUAUAAAGACGGCACGGUUUGCAUCUCCAUUCUACAUGCCUCCGGGAACGAUCCCCUCAACUACGAACCGGCAAAUGAGAGAUGGGGUCCGCUGCAAAGUAUAGAAAAGAUCCUGUUGUCUGUUUCGUCAAUGAUUGCAGACCCAAACCCAAAUUCUCCAGCAAACGUGGAUGCCGCAAAGUUAUGGAGAAGCAACAGGGACAAGUACGACGAAAUUGUCAGACAACAGGUCCGCCACUCAUUGCAACUCUAG